CAUGGGGGCCCCACAGCCAGGACGGGCAGAAUGACCUUCACUGAUAAGCUUGUGCUCAGGGCAUCUUACCAGCAGCCCCUCUUCACAGUUCUCAAGAUAACGUCUGUUGCCCUGUUUCUGUUGUGGACAUCAUCAGCUUCCCCAAGAUUCCCUUCCCUUGAACCUCGACGCCCUCGUUUGCACUCUGCUUCACACGAUGUCGGUCCCCGACGUCACCGCCGCAAAUGUGGCCGAGAUCCUGCAGAAUGAUCGCAUGGUCAAGGUGGCCGGUAUUGAUGUCGAUGGCCAGCUGCGCGGCAAACUCAUGAAGAAGAGCAAGUUUCUGUCCAUCGUUUCCGAGGGCUUUGGCUUCUGCUCCGUGAUUUUUGGUUGGGACCAGCAUGAUAUGACCUAUUACAAGGAGCUCUCCAUCAGCAACAAGGAAAAUGGUUAUCGCGACCUUGUCGCAGUCCCAGAUCUCAGCAGCUUCCGGCGUAUUCCUUGGGAGAACAAUGUCCCUUUCUUCUUGGUCAGUUUUUUGGACCCGGACACACGAGAGCCAGUUUGCGCCUGCCCGCGUGGAUUGUUGAAGACUGUGUCCGCGAAAGCUGAGGCGGCGGGCUAUCGCGCCAUGGCUGGUGCGGAGUAUGAAUUCUACCAAUUCCGGGCACCGGGCGACCAUACCAGCCCAGAACGUGCCGCAUCUGCCACAGCAUCUUUCCUGCAGACGAAUCCAGUCGAGUCGUUGCCACCACUCACAGAGGGCAUGUUUGGAUACUCAAUUACUCGGCCGCUGCACAACCAAGAUUACUAUUACGGCAUCUUCGAUGCCUGCGAACAGUUCCGUUGCGAUAUUGAGGGGUGGCACACAGAGAGCGGACCUGGCGUUUUCGAAGCUGCACUCCAAUUUGGCGAGGCCAAGGAAAUGGCUGAUAAGGCAGGCUUGUUCAAAUAUGUCGUCAAGGCCUACGGUAUCAAGCACGGUAUCACGCCUUGCUUCAUGGCCAAGCCGCGCCAGGGCCUCCCUGGAAACAGUGGCCACAUGCAUAUUUCCCUUGUCACCGCGGAUGGCAAGAAUGCUUUCAUCCGCGACACUCCUGACCCUUCUCCCCCUACCCAGAUGUGGCACACCUCUCUGAUUUGGGUCGCCAUUUCCUCGCUGGUCUGUUGGUGGCGCUUGGUGGAAAACUUCUGGGCCCCGGUCACUGUAUCCUGGGGUCUGGAGCACCGCGCGGCAUCUAUCCGGCUGAUCACGCCCCCGACAGCCAGUGCGAAGGCGACUCGCUUCGAAGUCCGCACUCCAGGUGCGGAUGCCAACCCACACUUCGUUCUUGCUGCGAUCAUGGCUCUUGGCUGGCGUGGCGUUGAGAAGAAGCUCGAGAUACCCGUGCCACCUUUGUCCAAGGGCGAGGAUACGGGUGGUGCCAGCGACCAGGGUGUGCGCCUGGCCAAGUCUCUGAAGGAAGCAGUUGCUACCUUCACACGGCCAGAUAGUGUGGCCCGGGAGGUAUUUGGAGAUACCUUUGUGGACCACUUUGGCGGCACGAGGGAGCACGAAAUUCGACUGUGGGAGGAGGCUGUGACUGACUGGGAGGUACGGCGGUACAUUGAGACUGUCUGAAAGGAGCCUACUGUGAUGAUGCUUAUACCAUACAUGUCCAUUUUACUUUUCUGUUUUCUAUUCGCUUUACCUAUGUUGCCACCAUUCGGCUUAUGGGCAGGACAAGACUUUCAGCUGGAAGCUUCAUUUGAUUGUGUUCUUUCUUUUUCUUAUAGCUGGAUCAAGGGCGCUCUGGUCAGGAAUAUAUCUUCGAGAUAGAUACACGCAAUGGAACCCAAUUUUACAAAAUCCCAG